AUGUCAAUCAGGCAUAUUUUCACAGCAUUACUAGUGGCCGUCGGCACCUCGUCCCUCGAGUUGUUGCCUUCGUUGCCCCAAAGCGACAGUGAUUUCACAACUACAGCGACCUGGGAAUUGGAGAAAACUGCAAAGACAAUUUUUGUCGAUUCAUCAUUUGCGAACGUAUCCGACACCGACGGUCUCACGCUCAUCCCACCAACGGCAUACGACUUUGCCUCAACCUUCCGCGAUGACAUUAGCAUCCUGCUGUCACAGAACUGGACCCUUGAACGCAUAAAUGGCCUUCCGAAUCUCAGCAAUGCAAGUGGCAUCUUUCUUGGCAAGUACAAUGGCACCACAAAAUAUGAGAACGGCUCUCCUACUACGGAGGGCUACGAAUUGCGAGUGACAUCGCCUUCGUCAGUCUUCAUCGGUGGGAGUGGAGCAAGGGGAAUGUUCUGGGGGACCCGCACCCUCCUGCAGCUCAUAAUGACAACCUCUCCCACUGGCGGUAGUGGUAGCUUAUCUGUUGGCUUCCGCACUACUGAUGCACCUGCAUAUGCCACCCGUGGUUUCCUGCUCGACGCUGGACGAAAAUGGUACUCCCCAUCCUUCCUGAAGGAGCUCUGCAGCUAUGCGAGCUUCUUCAAGAUGAGUGAGUUUCACUAUCACCUUUCGGACAAUUACCCACUAAACCGGGGGAAGAACGAGACUUGGCAGAAUGUGUAUAGCCACUUCUCCCUGCUGCCGGAGAAGGAUACCGAGUUGAAGGCUAUCUUGCACGGGAGAGAAAACGAGACCUUGAGCCGGGAUGAUUUUAUGGAUCUGCAGCAGCAUUGUGCCAGCAGAGGUGUCACCGUUAUCCCUGAGAUCGAAGCUCCUGGUCACUGUCUGUACCUCACCAAGUGGAAGCCUGAGUUGGCCCUGCCUAAAAAGGACCUGCUUAACCUCACACACCCAGAAACGAUACCAACCGUCAAGCGCAUCUGGGCAGAGUUUCUCCCCUGGUUCCGGACCAAGGAGGUGCACAUCGGUGCUGACGAAUACGACAGCGAGCUGGCAGAUGACUAUAUCAAUUUCGUCAAUGAAAUGUCGCGCUGGGUGAACAAGACCUCCAAUAAGCGGGUCAGGAUCUGGGGAACAGACGAGCCUUCUAACAGGCUGACCAUUGACCGCGACAUCGUGAUCCAGCACUGGCAAUAUGGCCAAUCAGACCCUAUCCAGGUUCUCCAAGAUGGCCAUGAUCUUAUCAACUCGGAAGAUUGGUGGGCAUACACUUCUAUCAAGAGCGACCACGCACCGAUUCUUCCAGCCCGUUACCCGCAGUUCUUCAACGAAUCACGCAUUCUCAAUUUUGCCGACCAGCAAGGCUGGCAGUGGCAGCCGAGCGACUUUAACCCUUUCAACAAGACCAUGCAGGUCGACCCCGGCGCCAAGGGGCUCCGUGGUGCGAUAUUGGCGGCGUGGAACGACAAUGGCCCAGACGCUUCAACUCAACUCGAGGCAUACUAUUCAAUGCGCCGAGGCAUCGCGCUCACCGGUGCGAGGGCCUGGAGUGGUAAGAGGGGGGUAGAGCUCAACCCCGAUCUGGUAUCAACGAGCGUGGAUUUCUUUUCACCGCUCGUCCCAGCGCAGAACCUGGACAGGACCGUGCGGGGAACAAACUUGACCUCUGUGCCGACGGGCAGCAGCAGCGCCAACCGCAACCCGAUAAUCAGCUGGAAGGCCGGCGAAGAAUGGGCCGUCGAAGGGAGCAAGGGGAUGAACUACACCAUGAAGCUGACCGCCGAUGGUCCUUUUUCACUCAGCGGGCCUGACAACAGCCUCAGUCUGAUUCAGUCUGAUAAUGGGCAUUCUUUGGUAUUUGUAGCUGACGGUUACGAGUAUCCUCUGCGGUCUGUGUCCGAAAAGGACGGGAUGGAGUUGGAUCCAGGCCACCCAGGCCGGAUCUGGGUGAAUGCCUCUUCAAACCAUCAAGUUAUUGAGAACAUCUCGACACCGGUUAACAUCACGAUUACAACGGAUGUCUUGCAUGGCAGCCUGGUCUGGAUCAGCGGGCAAUUCGUGGGGAGGUUUGAGGUAUUUGUGUACGGUGGGCGUAAUACCCAGUUUAGUUGGAAUCAAAUGGCGUUUGUUGCGCCUUUGAGAAAGAUGGACGGCGGGUUGACGAGCCUGGUGUUGGACGAUGGGGUCAGCAUGCCUGGAGGGGGCGCAGACAACGGGACAGCGCAGCCGCCGAGUCAAAGUGUUGGUUCUACACUUGGUGGUUUGGGGUCAUGGACAGUAAUUAUAGGAGCUCUGUUGUUACAGAUCGCUACCUGGGUCUCUUUUUAG